AUGGAGAUUCUUUUGACACGUAAAAAGAAAACCCUUAAAUUAAACCAGAACAUUAAAAGGACAAUUAAUUUUUAUGAAUUAAAAUUGAAUCAUAAAAGAAAUGAACGCUUCAGGCAUGGAAGUGUUCAACUUUUCAUGAUCCUAAUUGCUUUAAAAUUUAGUUUAAAAACGUUUUCAAUGUUGGAGCUAAAUCAAUUUUCAUUCUGCGCAUUUAGUGACACUUUUGUUGUUGCUUCAUUUCGUUAA